AUGGAAACAAAGAGAACGACAGAUGCGCAGGAAGCAACGGAGUCUCGUAGAAACGACGCUCGUGAGCGCCUGCAGAAGGAGCGUCAGACAGCUGGCGUCCACACCACUGUGAUGGAGGAGGAUUGCUCCUGCAUGGUACGCCGAGUCGAGCUGCGAGAGGAAGCAACCCGGAGGCGCCUCGAAGAGUUCACUGAGGGCCCAGUCACCGCAUUAGAGCGGACCACGCAGCUCUGGCACAAGCAGAGCGAUCGAAAAUCGUUGUGCGACAAGGUCAGCCUGGAGCAGACUGCGUGGGUGCUGGGCCAUCACUUCAAGUCCAGGUGGAACUAUACGCCCUCCGUGGAUGACAAAGUGGCUAACAUACUCCAAGGCUGCCUACACGGCAGGACCUUCGAACCAGACUUGACUGCCAAAACAACUGUAGGCGUGCACAUGGCUUUCCUGCAGCCAUGUCUUCCGGCCUUGGAGGUCGGAUACUUCGAGGGCGACAGGCGUGCCAUGGUGUGUAUCUUGGUUGACCUGCGCUGCAGCGGCUUUCCCCUGAAGGGCGGCUGGCAAGCGAACCUGGCAGGGGUCGCGGUUGGUGUCGCCGCUCUCCACUCUCAAGCUGGCCCAGCUGCCCGAGGUGCAAGCAAAAAUCUGCUGCGAAGGCUACGGGUAGAGCAACGCUCGCAGCUGGAUGACCGAAAGGUUUCCAACUUGGUUGAGGAGCCUCCGUCGGCAAGUCUGCCGGACGGCGAGGAUAACAUCGAGGCACUUCUCUCAGAGGGCCAAACAGAAGCGGCUCGCGCUUUGGUGGAGGAUAUGGUGGCCAACAUGGUGACUCCCUCGACCUCUUCAUAUAGCAGUGUGAUCAACGCGUGCUCAAAGGAAGGACGUGUGGAUGAUGCCGCCCUUCUCCUGGCGAAACUGAAAGCCAUGGAAGUGGCACCGGAUGUUGUCUCCCAUGGGAGCGUGAUAGAAGGCUUUGCAAAGGCCGGCAGGCCUGAGGAUAUUGGCCGCCUCAUGGAUGACAUGGAUGAAGAUGGUGUAGAGGUUGAUGUGGUUAUGCACAACAGCAUGAUCAAGGCUCUGCUGCAAACUGGGAGAGUCGAUGAUGCCUUCGACUGGUUAGUUUCGAUGAUGGCUCCGCAGGCUGCUGAUUCGGAGCGACCGAGGAGUCCUCCAGUUCGGCCCAACAAAUGGUCCUACAAUUUGGUAGUGCGGGCGUUAGCGAAGCAGGGCCGUUCCGGCGCAGUGUCAGCCUUGCUGAAGACCAUGGACCAGAUGCAAGUAGAGCCGUCCAUUCAGAUCCAUGACCGUAUCCUUCGAGGCUUGCUCUCUGCGGGGAAGAAGAUGGAAGCCUACAGGUGGCUGCGGCAGACAAUCAGGAUGUCCUCCACGCGGUCGGGCUUGGAGUAUGAUACGCAGUUCGUCACGGUUGCCCUAGACGUGUGCAUGAAGACCGGCAACUAUGCAGAGGCUUUUGCAUGGUUGAGCGGGAUGCAGGAUGCAGGCUUGGAUCCUCCAACAGAAGGCAGAGGCGCAGCUUCCUUCUUCGUGAAGGCCGUGACGGUGUGCGCAAAAGCCAACAAGCUUGCAGAUGGUUUAGAUUGGCUACAACGUGCGGAGUCACUGGAUCUGCAAGUUGAGCCGGACCAGGAUGGCCGCGCGUCAAAAGGACCGCGUGGCAUUCCUCUCCGCACCGCCUACGUUGUUCUCAUGCAGGCCUUUGCUCGGGCAAGGGACAAGGAGGAGGCGAAAGACCUCCUGGUUCGACUGGAGGAGCAGGAAGGACGAAUCGACCUGAUGGCUCGGACUACUCUCAUCGAAGAGUUAUCCUGCCAUGGAAACCCAAAGGAAGCGCGUGACAUGGCAAACAAGCUGCAGGAGGACGGGAACUUGUCCGUGUACAUGUUCGGGCGGGUGAUAUCUGCCUGUGCCAAGGCGGACCAGGCGGACGAGGCCAUCAAGUGGUUUGACAACAUGGUUACCUUCUCGUUUGACCCGGAUGCCGUUGCUUGGAAUGGUAUCAUCAAUGCCUGCGCCAGGGUUGGACGAGUCGCAGAAGCGGAGAUGUGGCUAGGCGAGAUGGAGGCCUCCGGCGUGACGCCGGAUGUUUUUUCUUACACCACAGUCAUCAACGCUUGUGCGCAGACGGAUCGGCCGCAGGAGGCGAAGCGCUGGUUGACGCAGAUGCAAGAGGCAAAGGUCAAUCCCAAUGCAGUGACCUACUCUUCAACCAUCAAUGCGCUGACCAAGGCCAACCAAGUGGAAGACGCCAUCGAGGUGCUGGUUGGCAUGGAGGAGGCAUCUUUCAAGCCCGACGCGUCAGCUUACGCUCGGAUAAUUACUGGCCUGGCUCGGAGCAACCGCGACAUGGAAGCCGCGGCCUGGCUUCAGACAAUGACCGAGGCAAACCACAGCCCGAACACCCCAGUCUACAACUGGGUCAUCUCAGCAUGCAAGAGGAAGAGAAAUCCUGACCUGGCCGAAUCCAUGAUGCGUCAAAUGCUAGCCAAUGGUCAUAUGCCAAACAAUUUCAGUGUCAACUCUUUGCGUGUCCUUCUUGGGAAAGAGCGGUUCCAGCAGUUGCAGGCGGAACUCCCACGUCUGCGAAGAUUGGCUGCAAAGGUCGCCCAGGAGAGAAGGCAGAAAAAGCGUGAGGAUGAGGGCUCGGACAAUGUGCCAGACUGGGACGACCCCAAACUGCAGCUUGGGCAGAAAAGGCAGCGGAGGGCGCCAUCGUGGCAGAGGAAGAAGUUCGACAACUUCUCAGAGCCGAACGCAAUCCAGACUCCACCGUAG